CAGAAGAGUAAACGCUGUCUGUUGGACUGCUGCAAUUUUCCGAGACUAGCGCUGGCCCCUGUGUCAUAACUCAGGGUCGCCAUGAGCAAUUGCUCCUUCGAGGCUGUGGACAACCUCAUGAUGUCUCUGCAGCUGGUCAUCUACAUCCCCAUCUUUGUCUUUGGGUUCAUCCUGAACAGCCUGGCCCUGCUGGUGUUCUGUUUCCUCCUGAAGAAGUGGACCGAGUCCACCAUCUACAUGACCAACCUGGCGCUGAUGGACAUGCUGCUGCUCUUGCCCAUGCCCUUUAAGAUGCACGCCACCAAGCACCAAUGGGCCGCAGACAAACGGCUCUUCUGCUCCUUCCUGGAGAGCCUGUACUUUGUCAGCGUUUACGGCAGCAUCUACACCAUCAUGUGCAUCGCCGUGGACCGCUACAUCGCCAUCAAGCACCCAUUCCGGGCCAAGCAGCUGCGCUCUCCGCGGGCCGCCCUGGCGACGUGCGCGCUCAUCUGGGUGCUGGUGCUGGGCGCCAGCACGCCCGUGUACCGCUUCCGCAGCAAGAACGAGAGCGCCUUCCGCUGCUUCCACGGCUUCUCCAAGGAGGGCUGGAGCCCGGCCCUGAUCGCUUGCCUGGAGGUGCUGGGCUUCCUGGGCCCGACAUUGGUGUUGGUGACCUGCUCUGUCCAGAUCAUCCGCACACUGCACAGGUCGCAGCAGAGCAGGGCCAGGACCCGAGCCUGCACCCGCAUCAUCUACAGCAACCUGUGCAUCUUCCUGGUGCCCUUCACGCCCUGCCACGUGGGCAUCUUCCUGCAGUUCCUGGUGCGGAACGACAUCAUCAAGGACUGUGACCUGCAGAACAACAUCAGCCUCUUUGUGCAAGUGGCCAUGAGCCUGUCCAACAUCACCUGCUGCCUGGAUGCUUUUUGCUACUACUUCAUCACCAGGGAGAUCCGCACAACCGGAGACACCCUCAGACAAUCCUUCAAUCAGCGCGGGCCCACCAGCACCUCUGAAUUGUGACUCAGCUGGUUCCCCAUAUCUGCCUUUUAAACUUCUACACGCCAUGCAAUGCAAUGAAAAAAUCACCAAAACAUUGUAGUCCCAGGUGACUGUGAUCUUUCCAAAGCAGUAUUUCCUCACAAAGAGAGUAGUCAUUAUGUGGAAAAGCUUGUCAGUUCAUUUAGUAGAGGCAGAGACUCUGGGGGGUUUUAAGAUCAUGCUUGAUAUAGUGCUGGAUACUAUUAAGUUGUAUGUUAUGUCAUGUUAUGUUAUGUCAUGACUGACAUGUUAUUAUGUUAUGUU